AUGUCAACUCUGGGUUUAGCCGUUGCUUAUGUAUUGGGCGGCCUUACGUUUUUCCCAGCUAUUCUUCUCCUGGCCUACAUUAGCCACACUCUUCAUGGUCUCUUCAACAAUGCACAAUCGCCAAACGAGUUAUUAGCAGCUUUGGGUGACGACACGAACACGAUUGGCAAGACAACGUCGUCGUCGUCUUUAUCGUCGUACAAAGUCGGAUGGUUACGAGUAUCUCGAGACGAACAACGACUUCCUCCGCCAGAUGCCUCGAUCAGUGACAUGGUGCGAUCCUAUAUCAUUGCCAACAACAAGGAAGCUCAAGAGAACAAAAAGAGCAGCAUCUAUUUUGCAGUGUUAAAGCAUCAUACGUUGUACUUGUAUGACUCUGAACGGCAAUUGGAUUGUCAGGGCGUGAUUCAAGUGGAUCAACACAAGGUGACCAUGCAUCCACCUGGUUUGAAAGACCCGGAACUCUUUACCCGACCACACCUGAUCAAGUUGACUCACAUGCAACACAAUGACCAGCACUAUUAUAUCAACUGCAAUAGGUGCAUUGACAAAGAAGAUUGGUUCCUUGCCCUUCGUCAUGCAGCAUACAACAACACCAUCACCACCCACGACGUUGAUCAACAAAUAGCACUACGCCAUCUCAUCAAUACCAUUCACAGCAAUGAACAUCAUUUUCAAACUCAAUGGUUCAAUGCAAUGCUCGGCCGUAUAUUUUGUGGUGUCUACAAGACUGAUAAUAUACGCGCCUUUUUGUACAACAAACUCAUCUCCAAACUCGACAAGAUCAAUGCACGUCGCCCACCGUUCCUCGGAGAAAUCACGGUUCGAUCGGUUCAUCCGGGUCACGCACAACCUUACAUUACUCAACCACGUUUAUUGAGCCUCACUCCAUCCGGUGAAUUGACAGCUGAAGCAUACAUGCAAUAUGAAGGUGGCAUUCGUUUCGAAAUUGAGACGGUGCUGCAAUGGAGGUAUUCAGAUCAUUUACCACCCUUGAAAAUCGACUUGGUGCUGGCCAUCACUUUACGCUCAUUACAAGGUCGCUUUUUAUUCAAGAUUAAAGAACCUCCCACGAAUCGCUUCUGGUAUGGCUUUUAUGAGUUGCCCAAGAUGGAAUGGGGUGUGGAACCUCUUGUAUGGGAACGUCGUGUGGGAUACUCGGUGGUUGUCAAGGCGAUCCAAAACAAGAUUGAUGAAUUGGUGAUGGAGAACAUUGUCCUUCCCAACAUGGAUGAUAUCACUUUUUUUCCUACCGAGAAUGCAGAUGGUGGUAUCUUUUUGCCCACGACAAAGCCUGCAACAACGACAUCAUCAUCAUCAACAACAACAUCAUCAACAUCCACUACAACCACCGCAUUGGAAGAAAAGGAGGAUAAUAGCAACGGCAACAAACCCAAACUACGACGAGCUGCCACCACCAAGGAAACAGUUACCAUCACGCCACCAUCACCUCGUUCCCCCAAACAAAGACCGGUCAUGUCAGGAUCUGUUUCAGAAGGCACACGACAACAACAAAGAACGGGAUCACUGAUCGGCAACAUUUUGAAACACAAGACAUCUUUUGAAGCACUCUCUACUUCCCCAUUGGCGACAUCUUCUUCCACAAUGGCUCUGUUAUCAUCAUCUUCUUCCACCACGUCUUCCAUUGCAUCAUCGACAAGCUCCUCCUCUCAUCACCAUCAUCCACCCACAGCCAUUCACAGCGAGAGUGAUCUAAGUGAGAGCAUCCGUUUAAGGAAAUCAGCAUCUUUGGCACGUCUCAAAUCCAAAUCCAUGGCAUCUACAGCAGUUUCACAAAUCAACGUGUCUCCCACCAUGCAUCAUGAUUUCAUUGAUUCGAAAAAGAUCACCGCCACCUCCAAUAGUAGUAGUAGUAGCAGUGAAGCUGCCACUGCUGCAAUGAUCAAAUCAUCCCAAUCGGUUGUUUCUAUUGCGUCCUAG